AUGAUGAAACUAGCUGCAGGCUUCCUUCUGCUGCUUCUGGAAGUGCGGCUCCUGCCCGUAACACCUCUUCCAACUGACGAUUUAUCGGCCUCCACUCCGGGCAGCCCUCUCUCAUCGACUGAAUAUGAACGCUUCUUCGCCCUCCUGACCCCAACCUGGAAAGCAGAGACUACCUGCCGCCUCCGUGCAACCCACGGCUGCCGGAACCCCACUCUCGUCCAGUUGGACCAAUAUGAAAACCAUGGAUUGGUACCAGAUGGUGCUGUCUGCUCUGACCUCCCGUAUGCUUCCUGGUUUGAGUCCUUCUGCCAGUUUGCACAGUAUCGUUGCUCCAACCAUGUCUACUACGCCAAGAGGGUCCGAUGCUCCCAGCCAGUCUCCAUCCUGUCACCCAACACUCUGAAGGAGUUAGACUCUCCGGCAGAUGUCCCUCCCACCACCAUGACUUCUGCCAUGGCAUCCCAUGUCUCAGCCACGGAUCGCCAGGCCUUCCAGCCAUGGCCUGAGCGCCUCAACAAUAACGUGGAGGAGCUGCUGCAGUCGUCCCUGUCGCUGGGGGGCAAGGAGCUGGGCAGCCGCAAGCAGGUCCAGGAGCAGCGCAAGCAGGAGCAAAUGCAGGAGCAUAAGCAAGAGGAAGUGCAGGAGCAGGAAGAGCAGGAGGAGGAGGAAGAGGAGGAAGAAGCCAAACAGGAAGAGGGGCAGGGGACAGAGGAAGGCCUGGAGUCAGCGUCCAACCUGCAGUCGGACUCAGAGCCCAAGUUUCAGGCUGAAUCGCUGUCUUUUAACCCUUCAUCCUCCUUUACUCCCCGGGUCCGAGAAGUGGACUCUCCACCACUGAUGAUGGAGAACAUCCAGGAGCUAAUUCGGUCAGCCCAAGAAAUGGAUGCAAUGAAUGAACUGAGCGAUAACUCCUGGAGAAGCCCAAGCACUGGCAGCCUCCUGCAGCUGCCCCACACGGAGACCAUGAUGGUGCUAUGCUAUUCCAUUAUGGAGAAUACCUGCACCAUGACUCCCACAGCCAAGGCCUGGAACUACAUGGAGGAGGAGAUCCUUGGCUUCGGGGAUUCGGUCUGUGACAAUCUUGGCCGGCGACACACACCUGCCUGUCCCCUCUGUGCCUUCUGCUCCCUGAAGCUGGAGCAGUGCCACUCUGAGAGCACCGUGCUGCGGCAGCGGUGUGGUGCUUCCCACAAGAUACCCUUCAUCAGCCCCUUCCUCUCAGCCCAGAGCAUAUCCACUGGCAACCAGGCAAAGAUCCCAGAAAAAGGCCGCUUUGGCGGGCUAGAUAUGUAUGGUGGGCUCAGCUCGGACUUCUGGUGUAACCGGCUUGCCUUGAAGGGCUGCGAAGAUUACCGAGUCUCCAACUGGCUCAGGGCUGAAUUCCUUAGCUUCCAGGAAGGGGAUCUCCCCACAAAGAUUUGUGACACAAACUAUGUCCAGUAUCCAAACUACUGUUCCUUCAAAAGUCAACAGUGCCUGAUGAAAAGCCAGAACCAAAAGGUGUUCCGCAUGAGAUGUAUGUUGAACGAGAACUACGAGAUGCUGAGCCUGGCUAAAAGCGAGGAGAUUAUCCUUCGGUGGAACCAAGAAUUUAACACUUUGGCUCUAGGCCACUUUGGAUGAGCAGGGGGUCUGUGCUGUCCCCGCCCCAGCCCAACCUUUCCACUUCCUCCAUCGCUCUUAGACCACAUCUAUCCGUAGGCGUCUAGGUGCCCCUCACAGGUCUCUUACCUGACUUCUACUCACAUUUUCCUCGGGUUGGGACAGCAGUCCCAGAGAGGUCCGUGAUGGGUGCUCCACGUGCCUUGAAGAAUACCUUCGAAUAA